AAGCGAUCCAUUCUUUCAUUUUCCCGCACGCCUCUCGGCGAUGCGUGUGUAGUGAACUGUGAUGGCACUUUUUAUCACUUUUGUAAAUUUAACAUUUUUAUGAUAUUUAUCUGCUUAGUUUCCCUUGGUAGUGUAAUUUAAUUUAUUAUAUGCGUUUAUAUAAAAUGGCGACCCAAACCCAGAAGGUCGUUUACAGGCUGGUCCUCACGGGAGGGCCUUGCGGCGGCAAAACCACUGGACAGUCCCGGCUGAGCACAUUCUUCGAGAACUUAGGAUGGAAGGUGUUCCGGGUGCCGGAAACGGCUACCGUCCUCCUCAGUGGUGGUGUCAAGUUUGCAGAUCUCACCCCGGAUGAAGCGGCGACAUUCCAGGAGAACCUCCUGAAGACGAUGAUUCAGAUCGAGAACACGUUCUUCGAGCUUGGCCAGUCUUGCCAGAGGAACUGCCUCAUCAUCUGCGACAGAGGAGCCAUGGACGCUAGUGCAUUUAUACCUAAAGAGCAGUGGGAGGCGAUAAUGUCUUCAAACAACUGGAACAACGUGGAGCUCAGAGACAACAGAUACAACCAGAUCGUGCACAUGGUCUCAGCCGCCAACGGCGCCGAGGACUUCUACUCCAUCGAGGAACAUGUCUGCCGAUCAGAGGGCAUGGAGCUGGCUCGCGAGCUGGACUACAAAGCGGCGUCCGCGUGGAUCGGGCACCCGUACUUCGACGUGAUCGACAACUCCACCGACUUCGACAAGAAGAUGAACCGGCUGAUAGCGUGCGUCUGCCAGAGGAUCGGCAUUGAGACCGGCGACCGGCUUAACCUCAACUCGAAGAAGAGGAAGUUCCUGGUCAAAACUCCCCUCGCGCCCGACACGGAGUUCCCCCCGUUCCAGGACUUCGACGUCGUUCACAACUACUUGCACAGCGAUGUGCGUAAGGCGCAAGUCAGGCUGCGUAAGCGCGGUCAGAAGGGCCACUGGUCGUACAUCCACACGCUGCGCAAGUUCCACCCCACCGGUCAGUCGGUGGAGGUGCGCACGCAGCUGACGCACCGCGACUACCUCAACCUGCUCCCCCAGCGCGACGACGCUCACUUCACCAUCUUCAAGAAACGCCGCUGCUUCAUCUACAACAAUCAGUAUUACCAGCUGGAUAUAUACAGGCAGCCCACGCAUCCAAGGUGCCGGGGAUUGGUACUGUUAGAAACGUAUAGCGCGGCGUAUGACCAGGACGCGCUGCUAGCGACGUUGCCAAAGUUCCUCACGAUCGUGAAGGAGGUGACCGGCGACCCUGCCUACUCCAUGUUCAACCUCUCCUUGAAGGAAGACUGGAAGACCUCGAAAAAGUAUUACUCUGGCAAUGAAAGCCAUGGGAAAACUAAGUUGGCGAUGAACGGUCGUGACAGUGACAAAGUCAAUGGUUCUGGUACCAAUGUCCUGAGCGACAAUAAUAAAAAAGUGAACGGCCACGAUGGGGCGAACACGAAUGGGUUCGCUGGGAAACUGAACGGGCACGAUGGCGCGCCAGUGAACGGGCACGCGGCCGCCGCCGCGCCGCUGCCCACUGCCUUCACCAACGGACACGGAGUCGAUCUCCAAACACCAAAGAUUCCCAAGAAGGUCGCUCUUAAGAUAUAAACUUAUUUAUACGCUUAGACUUACGAUUUUAUAAAAUUCCACUUUAUAAUGUUUCAAUAUACACGAAAUUAUUUGUAAACUACCUAUUAUACUUGUAAUAUUGAUAAGAUGUACUUAUAUAUUUGAAAAGCUGGACCCAUACUUUACAAAUUACACAUCAAAUGUUACGCUGACAAACCUACACUAAAGGAAGCCAAACGCUGUAUGUAAUAUAUUGUAUCUAUUCAUAUUUUAAUGUGUAAAUUGCUAAAUGAAAUCUAUUUUUAUAUAUUCUUUUAGUACAACAAACCUAUAUUUUACAUAACUAUUGCAUCAAUGUAUAAAAACAAAUGAAUUAUAUAGAAAUUGUUUGAUUAUUGUUUGUGCCUUCCAGAAUAUAUUUGAAUACAUUAAAUGUGUAACAUGUAUAUCGAUCCUUGUGUCUGUCACAGUACUUAAGAAGUUGCAAUAAGCAGUGAGUAUUGUUAUUGUAUGUUUAGAUAUAUCUAGGACCUUAGGUUUAUUAUUUCUCAAUAGCAUUUUCUUAUAGACUUGAUUUGUGUUAUGCAGGAGGCAAAUAUAUUUAUUAUUGAAAGGAACUCGAAUAAACGUCAAAAAGUAAAUUGAAAUUGGAAUCAUUGUUUUGUAGAUGAAGUUAAAGAUUUUAAUGUCUCGAUGUUGUAUUGUCGAAGUAGAAAAAGUUAACUUUUUGUUGGGGAUCUAUGAAUUUGAUAUACUGUUAAUUCGCGUUAUGUGAUGUAGGCAGCGAUCCCCACAUUUUAUUUUAUAGCGGCCUUUUAGAUGGGAAAUCUUAUUAGAUAAUUAUUAUUGUUUGAAAUAGUUUAAAUUUUAACGUAGAAGUGAAUGUCGUCGCUAAUUCGUCGCAUAUUUACGUUAUAAAAGGGAACUAGUACUUACGAGAUAAAUGUCCUUUAAAUGUAUUUUACAAAAGUAUUUAAGACAACAUCGCUAGUAUAAUGACACUAAAAAAGCUACAUCUACGGAGGUAUAGUAAAGCUAUUCGCUUUGGCAUUAGUCCAUUGUAGCAUUGAUGGCUGUGCUAUGUUAUUGAACAUUUGCCUCGGGACGCGUUCACACUUGCAACUAAUCCGUACUAAAUCGUAUUUUUAUGUAUUUCUCACUAAGUAAAAGGAAUUGUAUAUUUUGUUGAACCUGUGGGAAGUGCGUUUUGGUAUCUCGAUCAGCAAGCUUUGAGAACAGUACACACAAAGCUACAUUAGCAGUGCAACUUAAGUGAACGCGGCCUGGGCCUACAAGUUGGCAGUACUUUGCCACAUAUCUGGUGCACCAGCUAGAUGACGCAACAUGAAUGUUAAUACAUUAAAUGUGUAAUUAUAGAAAAUGCUUUGAUUGUAACAAUUGACAAGGAAAAUUCACUACUGCUGCCAAAUUGAUACGUUCAGGGGCAGAUGUUUAUAUAUUAUGAAAGAUUAUGCAAUUUAUGCAUGCCAGACGAUAAUGGGAAAAGUUGGAAUCAUUGUCUGUAAUAUUUGCAUUGGUUCUUAAUAUAGAAAGAUGCAUCUGCUAAAA